UUGCUCACACGGGAGCAAUUGAUGCUUCUCUUAUUUAUUCUCCUCUACAUCUUCGACGUCAUCAUACUCUCGUUCGGCGUCCUCAGCAACCUCGCCAACGCCACUGUGUUUCUACUGUUGGGACUCCGUGACAGCUUCGGGAUCACGUUCUUCGUGUUGACCCUUGCGGACCUGGCCUACGCGGUGCUCUUCCUCACACAUAUAUUACUGAGACUCGUGGCGCACGUGGGCUUGAGCUCAAGCGCGCCGCUCGUACCCGUCGCGUAUCUCAUGUCCCAGUACGCGUCAACGUUGUUUGAUAUCUCGGUGGUCCUCACGGUGUUGCUGGCCGUCCAGAAAUGCUGCUGUGUGUCCAUGCCGCUCAAGUUUAAGAACGUCUUCACGACAUCGAGAACCCUUUUCAUGAUUUCUUGCAUCUCUGUUUUAAUUGUCGCGACAAAUCUCCCUAUUUUAUCAACCCAAGGGCUUGUCACCAAGAAUGAUUAUAUCACCAAUUCAUCAUCAGAGGCUCUGUGGUUUUCAAAAGAUAGGCCAGUUGUCACGGCGAUUCACGAAGUUGGGAACCGUAUAGUUUUGCCAAUCGCAUCAGUUUGCGUUGUUUGUUCCUGCCUCUUUGUUUUAAUCCCCAACCUCAAGAGAUCCAUGAAUUUCCGGAGUUCCUUUAAACUGACCAGCGACCCCAGAGUCCUCAGGAUCGAGAACCAGGUAACCAAGGCCGUCAUGAGCGUUUCGGCGAUUUUCGUUCUGUGCAACUUACCGAUCGUCGCCAGGGCGACGGCGUCUCUCGUGGAGCGAGAGUUCAACGACAUGAGGCGGCACGGGUACAUGUUUGUUGCCGUGGAGAACAUCCGGCAAACGUGCCUGAACCUGAACUGCGCCCUGAACAUUUUUGCCUACCUUGCGUUCAACUCAAACUACAGAGCCCGGUUUAUGUCGUUAUUCUGUGAUCGAAAAGGAUAA